AUGGGAAACAGCACUGGGUUGGCUGUGGAGGAACUACAAGCUUGUGAGAGUCAUCAGUGGUACAGAAAAUGUAUGACCAAGUGCCCAUCUGGACUUCUCAUCUUUUAUGAAUUCAAGCUGUUCUUUGGCCUGAGGAACCUGUCGGAUACGUCCAACGCCUACGUUAAGACCACGUUUACAACGUUUGAUAUGAAUAACGACGGCUCCAUUGAUGUUAUGGAGUAUGUCGCUGCUCUGAGCCUGGUGCUGAAGGGAGGAGUGCAGAAGAAGCUCUGCUGAUACUUUAAACUGUAUGAUGUAGAUGGGAGUGGCUACAUAGACCGUGAGGAGCUGCUGCAGAUAAUUACGUCCAUUCGUGCAAUCAAUGGGAUUGCGAGUGAGAUAUCAUCGGAGGACUUUGCCAACAUUGUGUUUGACAAGAUUGACAUCAAUGGAGAUGGGUAACUUUCCUAUGAAGAGUUCUUGGAGGGGGUUCAGAAUGACAGUUUGCUGCUGGCGACACUAACAGAGAGUUUGGACCGCAUUGUCC